AUGCCGAUGUUUCAUACCUCAGAUCGUGAUCUUUUGGGUACUUUGAAAAAGAUCAGGAUCACAGGUGUGCUUGUUCAAAACUGCAGAUGUCAAGCACGCUAUGUAUACUCCAUUGUGUUUUUGCAAUCAUGUCAAGCUCUUUCUUCUCCGCCUUGUUCAUGUCAGAAGCAGCAUUGUACUCGAUUUGUGUUCUGCUCUUGGGUUUGGCUAAAAAUCAUUUCUCAACUAAUGUCAUCGUCAUUUAUCGACACCUAUGAAUUAUCAACCGUCGAAAUCAAUUCUGUGCUGUUAUCACGCGUUCGCACAAUAGUCAAAUUCUACAUCUGGCCAUUGUUGGUCGUCUUCGGUUUAACGGGCAAUUGUUUCUCGAUUCUCGUUCUCACACGUCGACGAUUGAUACGUACGAGUACAAAUAAUUAUCUAACAGUUCUCGCCGUGUUCGAUUCAUGUUAUCUGAUCUUUACAUUGCUAUUGAACAUCGCUUCACAUUCGAAAUUUACUCAAUAUACAAUCACUCAAACCUUCACGCAUGCUCUACGUCCACUCGCUGAUUUCUCGUCGAACACAGCAACAUGGUUAAUCGUUUGUUUUACACUUGAACGCACCUUAGCCGUAGCCAAACCAAUCUAUGCUAAACGUACAUGCUCCGUACGUCGCUCCCGUCGUGUUAUCAUUAGCUUACUAAUCAUUUGCUUUCUCGUUACAUUGCCUACAUUUUUCGAGCAUAAUUUAGUACAUGAAAGUUCUCCGAAUGACAUUCAUUAUAAUUUAACUGACUCUGCUUAUGCAUCAAAGAAAAAACAAAUCUUUCUACAUCUUCAUCGGUCAUAUUUAGUCUUCAUAUGUGUGGUCAUUAUAUGGAUACCAUUGACAGUGCUUUGUGUGUGUAAUUCAAUACUCAUCUGGUAUGUCCAUCGAUCGCGUCAUUUCGAUGAUGAUGUUCAAUCCACCACGAACUACGAUUCAGAUCAAGGCUCUUCGAUGUCGAUUACAAAUAAACUCGACUAUCCUGCAACGAACCGUCGUAAAUCUUCGUCGAUAUCAUCCGUUUCGUUCAAUACUGGAAGUUCGUUUCAGCUCCGUCGCCACAGUCGUUCAAUACUUCAGAAACGUCGUGUAACUAUAAUCUUAAUCUUUUGUCUGUUCGUUGCUUUGCUAUUAUGGACACCACAAAGUUUAUCAUUGACCUAUGAAACACUGAUUGAAAGCUAUUCAGAUAUGUCUCACGAACAUCGGAUUAUCUUAUUAAUUUUCAAUAAUUUCGCUAAUCUAUUUCUUUGUAUAAAUGCAUCGAUCGAUUUGAUUCUCUACUGUUUUCUAUCGGAGAAAUUUGCUCGCACAUGUAAGCAGAUCAUGUUUCGAAAGUGUCUAACAACGGAUGUCAAAGUUGGUCAACGUCCACGUUUCGUAUCACUUGAACGAACUUCAGUUGCUCUGGCUAAUCCGCCGACGAAUAAUCACCAACAACAGCUAGCAGCAAACACCACGAACAAAUACUAUAUUCAAUUGUAUGAUUUCUAUCAAAACUCGUCGGGUUUGAAGAAGGAUUCGAAUAAGAACUGGAAGAAGAAAUUCGUCCGGUCAAUGACAGCGAGUGCGAAAAGUGAUAAUCAAAUAUUUUAUCAAAGAACUUUGAGAAAGGGUCGAUCCAAGUCAGCACCGAUUCGAACGUCGAAUGGAACAGUCAAUGUCAUACCCAAUCCGAUGUUGACUUCAAUUGACGAACAUGACUCGAAAAAUGAGUCGAAAAAUUCAAUCAAUAUUAUACUAGCGGAUUCCAUUGAAGCGCCUCCUUCGGAAGCUGUAUGA